UAGCUUAGCUCGAUUAGCUUCAUAGGUGGCCUAGUCCAGCCCAGCUUAGUACAGGCAGAAUUCAUGACACUGCACCAGCCUCGUUCGCUUCCACUGCUGUUCCCUAGCUGCCUGUUUCUGGUGUGAUUCUCAGGCUUUUGCUACGGGAUAGUUUCCUGCGCAAGAUACAGUGAGCGGCGUCCGCCUCUCUUAGCAUGUCACCGUCACACUGUUGACAGCCCCCCUGACUCUACAAGCUGGCUAGCAUGCACAGCUGUCUCCAGGAGGGGGCACUUCUGAGGAGUGUCGGCCGACGAAGCCAUGGAUGACUUCAACAGCAGGACGUACGGCACCAGCGGGCUGGACAACAGACCUCUGUUCGGGGAGACGUCGGCACGAGACAGAAUCAUCAACCUUGCUGUGGGUGGAUUCACAUCGGUGAUUGUUUUAGUGACGGUGAUCAGCUCAUUUGUGUUUCCCUCGUUGCCUCCACGACCACUCAAUGUCUUCUUUGCGGUGUGCAUCCUGCUCGCCUGCGGAUCCACCAUAAUGCUGAUAUUCUGGUACCGCCAGGGCGACCUAGAGCCCAAAUUCAGGAAUCUCAUCUACUACAUGCUGGCAUCAAUCGUGCUGUUGUGUCUAUGUGCCAACCUCUACUUCCAUGAAGCCAAGUGAGGAGCAGCCGGCGAAACCACACAGACCCGACUUGGCGUGUGGAAGAGACUAUGGGAGCUGAACUGAACUCUAGAAGGAGCCCAGAACAAGUGACGCUCUCUGGUUGCUCUACUCUGGAACGGAGGUGUUGAACCACACCGCUAGAGGUCCAAAAUGAAGCGUUUACAAGCAUCAAGACGUCGCAGUUUCACAUGCUCUUAAACUGAUGAUGUGAAGUCGUAUAAUGAAGUUUAAAGGAAAGAUCCUCCUGUUCAAUUUAUAUGGGCUUUUGUGGUGCCUAGAUGUUACUAUGGCAACAAAUCCAACGGUUAAAAAACAAUGUUGUGCUUGACUGGGGCAACAGUUUAAGAUAAAUCCACGAAAAUAUGUUUUUAUUAAAAAGAAUAUUGUCAUUAUAUUUUUGAUGAGGGAGAAAAAUAAUAUAUUUACAGUCUGAAUUUUCAAUAGUCUCAAAAGCCUGAUGAGAAUUAAGGGGGGAGCUUUGUAAGAAAGGAAAAAAGCAACAUGAGUGAACCAGUAAAAACUCAAAAAUAGGUCACUUAUGACUAUGAAAUACCCAUCAGCACCCUCGUGUGUGUGUGUGUGUGUUUCAUCUGCAAACAGGAUCAUCAUAUGACAAGUCACGAUCCUGCCUUCUGGUUUUUCAAGAUGGAAGAACAGGGGGACUUUUCCUUAAAUGCAGACGUCGCUGCGAAGAGGAGGACGUGCACAUUAGUACUGUAGAUGAAACAGCAAUAACAGCGUAGCAUCAGGGUUCAGUGACCAACUUAUGCAACACCUUUCCUUCUUUCUUUUGUAACUUUGGGUGGGUUUUCUAUCAUGCUGCCAACUCCUGCACUGAGGUGACGAGAACGCUGACGUUUAAAAGGACAGCAGUAACAGGAUUGUAAUUACUGGCACUAUGUAGUGGGGCCUUAUGUAAUAAAGCAAGAUCAUGCAAAAGUGCAACACAUUAUGCCAUAACCUUUCUAAUAUUGGACUUUAUAAUCGUGUAAUACAAGUUAGGGAUCAGUUUGGAAUGGCUGGUGUUGGUGGCGCUCCAACAUAGAGCGUGAUGUAAUAACAUUGCAUGAGAUAAUAACAUAGUAAUGGGCAUAAUAUAGUGACCCAAUGUGCCAUAUGUGUCAUGUUAUGAUAUAAACAUUAUGUGCAAGACGUUAUGUAUAGCAGGUUAUGGAAUUGCAGCCACGUAGGAACACAGCCCAUUACAUCUAUGUUGUAUAAUCUUGCAGCUUAUUUUCUGUGAAUGUAGUAAUAUUCCAUUAGUAAUAUAAUCGUGAAAUGCUGUGUUCAUCAACGGACACACCAUGCAACUCUUACAUGCAUUUCUAAAAUGCCCCAUAAUGUAGGUAUUGUUGUUGGUUGUCUUGGAACAAAUCCUCUGCUAAUGUCAGUGAAGUUAGUCCAAGUGCUCACUAGUUGCUUGUUAGAAAUACAAUGGUUCUGCUGUAUCAUUUGAAAUCAAGUAUGGAAAAUAUCCAUCCUGACAAAUACCAAGUUACUGCUGUCCAUUUAAAGUUAGCUAGUUCGCAAAGCAUGAUCAUAUGUUGGCUUUAGACCACUGUAAUUCAUAUUUAAAUUUUAAAUAUUGACUGUUAAAGUCACAGGCUUCUCUGGAGGCUUUGACGCCCACUUCCAAUGCAGCAGCUUCAUUUUGAUAAUGAACAGAAACAUUCCAAGGCUCUUUACGCUGCAGCUCCACAGAGGAAGAACUGAAAUUUAAUGUACAACUGCACUUAUAACUGCCACUUAAAAGAUUCCAAUGUGUCGUGUUUAUAUAUUUCUAGCACACAUCAAGAUGAAGUGAUGCCACACUGUUGUACUGUAUGACUAUACACACAAACAUAUUUACAGGUCAGUUGUGUCCGCACGGCCUAAUAUUGAAAUCUGAUAUUUACUUGCUUAUUUUUGUUUUUCUUCUAGCUGCAUUGUCGGCGACCUGAUUCAAACUGUAAAUGAAUGCUGUCUCAAAUUGUCAUCUGUGUAAGCCAAACUCCUGCUUUUACAUCUCCCCGUGCUCUACUUGAAAAGACACACUUAAUAUUCCAAACAAAUAUCUGCUGCAUUUUUUUACAGCCAAAACCCAAGGCUCCACAUUAUCAUUUGAAAUGUGUUGUUGAACCCAAAGAUUUAAGUUGUGUCACAGACUGGCUUGAGUGUCGUUAUCAGCUGCGGUCAAUCAGACUGUGGUGUCACACAGAAGUUGUGAAGGUUUUGCUGACACCGCAGUAUCAGACUUUCAUCUCAACCUGCCUGAAGACUUCAAGAUCUCUCUGUCUGCUGCUGUAGUUUGUUUACAAGUGACGUCACCGGAGAACUCGCCACGACUUCAGGAUUGUCAACACCACACAAUACUUUUCUAUUUAAUAUUUCAUGAAAUAAAUGAUGUAACCUCUG